CGCCCGUGGGAGGGCCUUGAGUCCCUUGAGGCUCGGAGACACACGCGGUUCAAUGCUAUGGUGAGUUUCGUACGUCACACAGCGGCACGUUGCCUCCAGCCAAUGUGCUUUCCUUCCACUAAAACAGGCAAUAUCGCAGACCCACCGUCUGUGCCCUCCCGGUCCAAUCACAGUCCACACUAUAUUCCCAUGGGUGUGCCAGCUGGUGCCAGCCCUCGACAACUAUUUCACUCUCCUUAUAUACCCGCAAACAUCCCCAGGCUAAAAACGCCAUUCCACACCAUCGACUUUUUGUAACACCAUUACUUGCCUUCUUCUCUGUCUUCAUAAGCAACAAACACCAUUUUGACCCUUUCCCAGCUUUGUAUUAACAAGUCAAAGCCCUUUCAACAAAGUCACAUCUACAUCUACGAUCCCAACAUCUACAUUUCAAUAUCCAACACAAUGUCGAGAAGCGACGCUCCUGACGCACUGUUUCUCAACCCACCUCACUCGCACGACCCAAGCAAUGUUUCUCACGUCGCCGCAUUGCCAAUAUCAAUGCUAUCACAACUACCUCAACCUAUUCAAGAGAAACUAUGGGACUUGCAAGAGUCUACUUCAAUCGUCUACGCCUCAUACAUCAGACUACAGACGCUGCUGGAUGAGCGCUUCGAUCGUCUUGUUGAGAUGCCAUUUGGCAAAGGCUCAGCUGACAGCUACUCUGAAGGAGCAUUCUUCAACUACGUAAAUCAUCUUGCGGCUGAACGUCAGUAUCUGCUCGAAGAUGCUCACCCAGACUGGAAACACAAAGCAACCCGAUCAGGCCUACGACAAUACGGUGACCUGAUGGUGACGUUCCGGGGCAAGGAGAUGACGGUGAAUGAGUGGUUCUCUCAAUUGCAAACGGCGGAAACGUUCUGGAUUCAAGCGGCCAAGGAAAUGGAGGUACCCGAUUUCGAGUCGACCAUCCUGGAGUUUCAGUCUCAGACCACCACCCCGAUCAGUGAGAGUUCAGACGAUGCCGAUUCAAACUUUGGUGGAGAUGCGGUUCCGACCGGAAGAAAGGCGGUUGACUCUGAGCGACUCGGGUUUGGAGUGUCGAAAGCGCUCGAGGAUUUCUGAUCGCCGUGAGUGGGAGACACUCACACCAUCAUGGCUUGGCCUAUCACGACACGAGACGUGGCUAUAUUACACGACAACCAACAUUUUUCUGUCACACAAGACUAGAAUGUGGUGUGUUUUUCUCAUCAUAG